UCUUGUCUCUUUGCUCACAUCGGAAACUUUGAAUUAAGAUCAAAUUAGUUCUUUCUCUGUCUCCCAUGUUUUGUUUUUGCAAGUUCAAUAAAGGGGAUUUCUUUUCUUUUUACAGUGGAUUGACUUUGAAUUUGUGAAUUUGGAGUUGGUUUAAAGGUUGAAGAAAAGGGUACGAAAAAAGUCGGGGUUUUUGGGAUUUUACAGUUGCAUGAUUUGAAAGUUAGUGAAUUUGGAGUUUGCUGAUAGAUUCAAGAAAAGGGUAUCAAAAAGUGAAGAAACUUAUUCAAAAGAUCAAAGCUAACAAGUAGAAGCGGCAAAAAUUUCCACAGAGAAACAAAAAUGGCGACUCUUGUGGAGCCAUCAAAUGGGGUGAAGCCAAGGGGGAAGCAUUACUAUUCAAUGUGGCAAACCCUUUUCGAGAUUGACACGAAAUAUGUUCCAAUCAUGCCUAUAGGGAGAGGAGCAUACGGCAUCGUUUGCUCCCCCAUCAACAGGGAAACCAACGAGAAAGUGGCCAUAAAGAAGAUCCACAAUGUGUUUGAGAACCGUGUCGAUGCUUUGAGAACUUUGAGGGAACUGAAACUUCUCAGACAUAUCCUACACGAGAACGUGAUUGCUUUGAAAUAUGUAAUGAUGCCUACUCACAGAACCAGUUUCAAUGAUGUUUAUUUGGUUUAUGAGCUAAUGGACACCGAUUUGCAUCAGAUUAUCAAGUCCCAUCAGCCUCUUUCCAAUGAUCACUACAAGUAUUUCAUUUUCCAGUUACUACGAGGGCUGAAGUACCUGCACUCGGCGAACAUCCUUCAUCGAGACUUGAAGCCUGGGAACCUCCUUGUCAAUGCUAACUGUGACCUAAAGAUAUGUGAUUUUGGGCUGGCACGAACCAGUAGAGGCAAUGAACAAUUCAUGACGGAGUAUGUUGUCACCCGCUGGUACCGGGCUCCGGAGCUCCUACUCUGUUGUGAUAAUUACAGCACCUUCAUUGAUGUUUGGUCGGUCGGGUGCAUCUUUGCCGAGAUUCUUGGUCGGAAACCCAUCUUCCCUGGGACAGAAUGCCUCAACCAGCUUAAGCUAAUUAUCAAUGUCCUUGGAAGCCAGCAAGAGGCUGAUCUUGCAUUUAUCGAUAACCCGAAAGCCAGAAGGUAUAUCAAGUCACUUCCUUACUCUAGGAGAACCCAUUUUUCUCACCUAUACCCUCAAGCCGAUCCAUUAGCCAUAGAUUUGUUGCAAAGGAUGCUAGUUUUCGAUCCAUCUAAGAGAAUUACCGUCACAGAAGCACUCCUACAUCCCUAUAUGUCGGGGUUAUAUGAGCCAAGGUCCAAUCCACCUGCACAAGUACCGAUCGACCUCAACGUAGAUGAGAACAUGGGAGAACAAAUGAUUAGAGAGAUGGUGUGGAUUGAGAUGCUUCACUACCACCCUGAGAUUGCAUAUGCAAAUGCUUAGAUGUUGAUUUGCUUUUAGAACCAGCAUUAUUGUUUGACCUAGAAGAACACUAUUGAGAGUUAUAAUGCCCUGGGUUUUUUGUUUACCUUUGACACUUGUUUUUUAGUUUGGGUUCUUUGUGGCAGACUCUGGCAGUGUAAUUUGUAGAUAUUUAUGGUAUUAUCUUCAAUCCAAGGGACUUAGCAUAGAAAACAAUGGAGAAUACAAUAAAAAUUAAAUUGCCUGUUAUGUA